UGCAUUAGUUUAAAAUUUUAUUUGCAAUAAUAAAAUUAAAUAAAAAUAUUUCUAAAUAUAAAAUUUUAAAGCAAAAUGUCGCUUGUGCCAACAACGUAUCGCGAUCUUUCGCGUGAAUUAGAUCGACCACGUUAUUAUCCUCCUUACGAUUUUAACUUGUAUCCUUAUUUAUAUGAUGAUCCGCGAGUUUGGUGGCCGUCAGAUAUAUUGAAACCUAUGGAUGACCUCGUUACGCGGCGGGUACGCAACCAAUUAAUACGUUCAUCUCCUCUUGAUUGGAGCUAUCCAAUGCGGUGGCAAAAUUAUUAUGCAGGUGAACGAGUUUAUGUUGAUGAAAAAAGAUUUCAAGUGGAUAUUGAUGUGCGUCAGUUUAAACCACACGAAAUCGUUGUGAAAACCACUGAUGAUUAUGUAAUCGUCCAAGGUAAUCAUGAGAAGAGGAAUGAUGGAAAUGGUUUAGUUGAACGGCACUUUGUGCGUAAAUAUCUACUGCCACGUGGAUUUAAUGCCAAUGAAGUUAUAUCGGAUCUGUCAUCUGAUGGUAUACUAACCAUUAAAGUUCCACCACCUCCACCAACUAAAUACUAUAGUCCUAAUGAACGAUUGGUUAGAGUACAUGAAACUGGAAGAUUGGCUUUGCCGUGGAAAUAGGUCAACCCUUAAAGUUCACAAUUUAUAUGUUAUAAACCAUCUGCAUACCAGUUAAGACAUAUAUAAUUUAAUAUAUAUUUUUAUAAGUACACUUUUGAUUGUAUUGUAAGUGCAAGUGCAAGUGCAUUGAUAUACUUUUCAGAAUUAAUAUAAUUGUAUGGACCCAAGGUUAAAUUAUUCUAAAUUUAGUAAUGCAAAAUUUACGGUACAUCUACUUUUUGUACAAAUUAUAGUUCAAUUAAAAAAAAAUAUCUAAAAAAAAAUUC